AUGGCACUUUCUGCGCUCGAGAAGAUAUACUCCAGUCGUAUCAAAGCUAUCGACGAAAGAAUUGAAGAAACCUUGGAGGAGAUUGACAGAUACCUGAAGAGUGGAAAUCAAAAAGACUUGAAUACGUAUCGAAAAAGCUCGCUUCAUAGUGUCGAAAACAUUUCAGCAAAACACAAUGCGAUCAGAGAAUGCCUGCAAAAAAUGCUGCACUUGUGUCAUGAGCAGCCAGAUUCAACGGAAGCUAUUUUCAGCAUACUCAAGAAGAUGAUCCAGCAUUUGUUGCCUUUCAAAGCAGCUUGCGAUUGCGGUAUAUGCGCCGACUGCCUGGAAGAUACCUGUGAUAAUUCCUGCAAGAAGCAGCAUGCAUGCAUAGCCAAUGCAAACCCAUCAGACUUUCAGCCAAGUGAGGAUGUCAAGUCUCUGUGGUGCAGCAUAUGUUACCACACACAAGCCUAUAUAACUCGUCGCCUUAUUGGUGACUCUGAGCUGCUAUCCCCAAAUCAAGGUCUUGUUUGUAAUACCAACUGGGAGAGCUACUUUGAAAUGCUGAGGCUUCUGUUUGUUGCCGGCCAGGUGCAGCGCAUUCAUCAGUGGGUACGUUCGGAACAGCUGCGACGUGCCAGCUGUCUUUGCAAGCCCACAGUUUCAAAAUGUUGCGUCACUUGCCUCAUGCAGUGGUGUUUGCAGAGUUUGACAAAAGAUGUAGCCAUGAGGCCGCCCUUGGGUAUGACAUGGCACGAUCUCAGCGACAGCUACAUCUCCAGUGUACGUGCCAAUGUUAUGCUGUGCCUCCGGGAAAUACGCAGCCACUGGCAGAGAAGAAAUCAUAUCAACGACGUAUCACUUUUCUUACCAUGCCUUCUGAAUCCAUAUUCUUGCUGGGCACACAAAGACGGCAAGCACAGUCAGUAUGCAUAUGUGGUAUUGCAGAAAAGUGAAAGCUACAGUGACUGGACUGAUCAUUGGAUUGUGGUGGCACUUGUCAAUCUCAUCAGCGAGCUGCAGUGGUUUGAGCAACAGCUAAAUGGAAUCAGCCGCAGAACAUGGGCUGUGCUAUCUAAAAGCCCACAGCAAGCAUCAACUGAUGGCACGACAGCGUGGGAUGAGCCUUGCAUUUGGGAAUGGCAGCAGCUGUUGGCAGGCUCUGGUGUACUUACAAUGCUUCAACAAAGUAUACAAGAUCUCAUCCAAAUAAAAAGGACUUUCCACCAAAAUGACAAUGUGUCGGUUGACUUUGCUGGUGCAAAACUACAAGUGAGCGCUAUUGCCUUCCAUGCUAUUCACUACUUGGCCACAUAUGAACCAGCUGUAAGCGCUUGCCAAGGAGCGCUGGAACCCUUUCGUGCUUCAUUCAUACAUGCUGUGCAUGUUGCCAUGGGCCAAGCUCUACGAGACCUGGAAGCCGGAUUUGAGCUCCGGAGCCACAUGCCACAGAGCCUGUACAUCAUGCUCAACACAGGCCGUUUCUUGGACAAUUCGCUGACAAACUUCAUCUCUGCCCUUUCGGGAAAAAAUGAGCAGGCAAGAUCUUUGAAAAUGUUGUCCCAAGUGCCUGAGCUGAAACUAGUUCUGCAGAGUGUCUACGAUGCACUCUUCCUAAUUUGCAGCAACACCCAAGAACUUGUUGGGCUGCCUGCAAGCCCAGUUGUGGCAGGGCCGAUUGUUGAACUUCACAGGCACUGCAAUGCUCUGUUCAACUCAAUAUCUACAAAUGAUACAGAGCUGAAGCACAAUGAACAGCAGCCUGACAACAAACAUGACCAACAAGCCCCGUGGCUGUGCUUCAUGCAGCCUUCUCUGUUUCCUGGUCCACCCUGGGCACAACUACCCACCAACACACAGAUCUGGCUUCCAUUGGCCUUAUGCCUAGCCAGUGAGAGACCACAACCACUGCUUCUACUACAGGCAAGUGAUGCACAAAGCUGCACCCUUUCCACACUGUUGGCUUCUCAGGCAGCCAUCCAAGCUAAAUCUCACGACACUGCAGAUAAUGAGAAGCACUUUUUGGCCGCCCUGCUUAGCGUACUCAUGCUGUGCGACUACCACACAAGCGAAUUCACCAGUGUACUGGUGAGUGUAGUUGAAAAGUUGGAUGGGUGGCGGGAGUUUGAAUCCAGCUCGCUCGGCAAGGCUACAUCAGAGGUAAGGUGCCAGAGUUUAUACAACCACUGUAUUUUGAUGCACAUAGUUCGUUCCAGAGGGCCUGGUGGUUUCAGUCUCUGCAAAGUUUCAAGCCUCGCAACGCCUAUCCUCACAAGUGCACGAGAGAAGCAGUGCUUGUGGCUGCACCAAAUGUGGAAGGAGAUUGAGCAGCACUUCAGGACUUCGCGUCAUGACCUACAGGGGGAGAGCCUGUUGGUGGAAUUGCUCUCAUGUACCAUGGCUGUGGUGCCAACUCUUCCAGCACCCCUGCUGGCCUGUUUGACCAGACUGAGUGAACUGGCUGCCAAAGUGGGCGUGGUCUCCGCUAACAACUCAGCUGGCAUGCAGGUGCUGCUGUCCACACUGUACGAUAUUCUUCAUAGCUCCACACAACUGAAUGAGCUCUUUGGAUCUCUGCUUGAUUCGGAGAUAAGUGUAGAGUGUGCUCACAUUGCAAAUGAGAUGGCAGCACAUGCACUGCAGCUUACCCAACGCCACGAAGACAGACUGCUCGGAAGUCCCGACUGUGAUCAGAGAGUCCUCAACUGUAUGGAUCUGCUGGCUGGAUUACUUGCUGCAGAAAGGGAUGCAUCUAGGGAAGAAAGCCUCUCACAGACAGCCGAAGAUAUUACUCUGGAUCUAGUCGCAGAACAGCUGAUGAGGACUCCACAAGGACCACAGAACAUCGAAUACCUGCACACUGUGCUUCACCAAAAUGAGGCCUGGAUACGACACACCCUAGCCAUCCCAGCAUUGGACCACCAUUCAGUUACACUGCCCUUGCACAACGCACUUCUUCUCGGGAGCAGUCGUCAGGCAACAAGAGAACCAAGGUUCGACCCUCUACAAGCUUACAAUGCCUGCAUGCGCAUUGUACAAGAAUGCAACAAAGUACAGACUCCUCAAUAA